UUCCACCCCCGGCGCCGCAUCCACCUCGACCAUGUGCGUGGUCCCACUGCGCACAAACGGCCGUGCCCACUUCAGCCUCGACGCGGGCCCGAUGCCCGCCUCGCUCGUCGGCCGGCUCUCGGAGGCAGAGUACUACGGCGUCACCGAAAGGAUAAACAAGGCGUUGCUGCCGCUGGCGCACUUUGGCCUGUCCUCGCUCCUGCUCCCGUUCCUCGCGAUCGACGCGCUCACCGUGGCGGUGCUCUACGGCGCCGACCCGUCGCUCCUCGUCGCGCCGCUGUCUCAGGACCUUCCCGACCUGCUGCUGCCCGUGCUGCUCGAGAUCACUCUCGUCGCCGCCGCCUUCCCGCUCGUCUCGCUGCUCGUCUCGCGGCGCAUCGGGCGCGUGCAGGCGCUGGUGCGCGAGGUGCUCGACGACGCAUCGCGCACAUUUGCUCCGCGCGGCGUCCACUUUUCCCUCAAGCUCGGCGUGACUGGCGCGGGCGCCUCGACAAACAUGUGGGUCGAGAUGCAGGUCGCUCCGCUCUUCCGUGUGCCCGUGCCCGUGCCUGUGCCGACCCUCUACCCGAUCCUGCUCCCGCGCCUCGCCGCCCAGCCCGACGCCAGCAAACAGCAAGCAACCGCAAGGCCGGGCGCAGCCGCAGCCGCCGCUCGAGCCCUCCUCCUCCGCCGCAGCUUUGCGGGGCGAGGCCUCGCACGAGGCGGCGCAGGAGGGGGGCGCCGCGCCCGGCUCGCUCGCCGAAGAGGCGCGCGGCGCACGAGUGGCCGCGGCUGCGGCGGCGGGCAGCCUCACCCCGCAGCAGCAGGAGUACUUGCGAGUGCUGCAAGAGAACCAGCUGUUGCGCCAGUACCUCGCGCAGACGCAGGCGCUCGUCCAGCUCCAGGCGCAGCACGCCAGUGCCCUCGCCGCACGGACGCAGCCGCCCGCCGGACCUGCCGCCUUGGAUGCCGCGGGCUAGCGGGGCGCAGCCGAGCACGCGAGCGCGUGCGCACACGGCCGUACACGGCCUCUGCGUGCGUGCCACCAUCCCUCGCGGAUCAUCGAGAGCACACCUCGCGCCCGCACGAGCCAGGCCUGCUGAGUGGGUUGAUGCGGCACAUUUGAGUUGCUGCUGCGUGUGCCGUGUCCGUGUGGUCCUGUAGCUAUACCUAACCAAAAGAAGAAGAAGGGAUCUCGUAUUC